AUGCGAUUCCUCGCAGCUUGGACGCUUUCGCUUAUUGCAGUCUUUGCGCUGGACCAGGACUUAGACCAUGGCCAUCAGCGUGCACACCUGGUUCAAGCUGUAGACUCCUGGGGAGACGAGGUCAGCCAUCGGCCCAGCCCAAGGCAUGCACCGAAGGCUCAUGACGCUGCCAUCAAGAGGGAGAUGAGACACAAAGCGAAGGAUGGCAAACCACCCACGAGAGACGCAAAGGCGAAGCGUGGCCCAAUAGCAGCAGCAGAGGUUAGUUCGCAUGGAGGUUUCAGCCACCACCAAGCUCAUUCCAGCCACAAGCACGGGCCCGAUGCCGUCCACAGCCACGUUGAGGUUGAGGCCUCCCCGAACAUUCCUGUGACCUUCUUCCAGGAAGAGUCAGAACAGGGGCCUGUCCAUCCGGUGAGGGUUCACGAGAGAGAAGGCUCCGGUGUGGAGGUUGAGGUGGCAAAGCUCUCUGAUGUCCCCGACGAGAUGGAGAUGGAGGCGGAGGAAAAAUCAGACUACAGCGAGGAAGAUGAUGGAAGCAGUGCCGAAGAUCAAGCCGAUGACUUCACCCUGCCGAAAGCUGAUGAGAUGGAGGGGCGCCAAGAUGCAGCAGCAGUCGCCGACGUGCUAUCUUCAUCGCCCGCUUCGAUUAUGAGAAGAGAGGCCCACGACACGGAGGAACUGCCGACAGAAGUCGCUGCCAAGAGGUGGCUCGGCCUCUACGACUUCAAGAGCGGCAAGGUGAGUGGGCAGCGUCAUCUUCGGAGGGUUGUCCUCGUGUUUGUCUUCAUGGGCAUUGCGGUGCUCUUCAUGUUGCUCGCUCUCACGAAGGCAGACAACGUUAUCAGGAGUGUCCUGUCGCAUGUCAGCCUCUCGACCGAGCCGACCGGCAGCGAGCUGCAGGAGCCCGUGGACAAGAAAGAUCAGGUGCAGACUAAUCAUGGCAAGACUCCAGAGGCUGCAACGAAAGCAAUUGCCAAUCUGCUCGAAAGCAGCUUGGGCACCUGUGGUGGCAGUCGAAAGUUGAGCCGGGAAGACAAGGAGUUCGAUGCCGAUCUUGGCUCCGUGGGUGCCCUGCGGUCACGGGUCGAGGCAAUUCCGGUGAGCGCUGUCGCACAGGUCGAGAGGCUCCUUCCAUCUGCAGGCGGCUACGACGUGACUUUUUCCAAGCCCUUGAGCAGCCGGCAGCUGCUGCGUCUGGAAGCCGUUAUUCAAACUUCGGCGGAUUCGGAGCCUCUCCUGGCACCCCUGACACGGCGACCAUGCGUUCUUUACACUGCGAACGCGUCCCGAAGGGUUCAUGGAGGCAUGCCUUUGCCGGUCGCUUUUGCUUCCCAGCACACUGACUUCAUCGUGACUUUGUGUGGCUCACCACGGGUGGACAUCAGAGUCUCUGGUUCCGAGGUGAAUCUCUUUGCAACGAGGGAGUGCGAGUUUGCGGAAGUCUUGCCUUUUCCUUGUGCUCCAGACCAUUGGCAAGACUUCGUCUCCGCCCACUUGUCCUCUGCAGGCACCGGCUCUUCAGACAAUCAUGCGAUGGAGAAUGGCUUGCGAGCCAAAGGAACAGCUGUUGAGUUUCAUGAGUGCUGCCUGAUCACUGGUGCCACGGUCACCCUCAUUGGCGAGCUCAUGCGCUCCGCGUGCGGCGACCUGACCCUCCAACCGCUGAGCCAAGAGCAGGUGUCCUGGAAGCGCCCUUCCUGGGAGAAGGGCUCCGGGGAGGAGCUGGAGCUCCUGGAGGCUCGGACGCACGUGCUCAUCAGCGAUGAUCCGACGCUCCUCACGUCCGAGCUGGCAGAGGCUUCCGGCUCGCAGGUGAACCAGCGCACCGGCCUGCGGGUUCGGAACUUGGAGGACCAAAUGGCCCAGCAACAGAAGCUCCAGAAGCAGCUCGCUCUCCGCCACACGAUGGCAGCCAAGCGCAAUGUGGACGGGCUGCCGGAGCUGCCCCUGGCGAAGUGGGAGGACCAGCCAACGCUGGCGCCGCUUGGGGCCUCGCCCUACCCUUUGGCUCUGAUGCCAGCUCAGCCCGUCGCGGUUUCGUCCUCGCCAACGUACUGA